AAUUUAGCGUAAUUUCGUGCAAAUCCUAACAUUCAAUCUAUCGGAGAUGGCUGAAAAACGACGUCUUUUUGGCUCUUUCCACGUGUCAAACGUUGAAGAUCUCAUUGGGAUAGAGGAAUCGGUCUACUCUGCGCCAAAACUGCCAAAAGAAAUACCGGAAACUAAAGUUGAUAAAUCGGUUGUGAGAGAGUUUGGAAAGGAGGUAAAGAAAAAAUACUUUCUAUUGGAAGAUGAUUUUACCUUCUUAAAUCACGGUGCAUUCGGGAGCGUAAUGACGCCUGCAAUGAACGCAACUCAAGCGUGGCAAUUGUUCUGUGAAAGGCAACCGGUAAGGUUCAUCGAUCGACAACUCCUUUCGCAGAUUGCCGACGUUACGAGGAAAUUGGCUGCUUUUAUCAAUUCAAAUCCAAAAAACGUCGUUCUCGUUGAUAAUGUCACUACGGCCGUCAGUUCGGUCUUUUCAAGUUUAGAAUUGUCAAGCGAGGAUGUUGUUUUGCAUACAGCUUUUAUUCAUGGUGGUAUCCGAAGUGCAUUGCGUCGGACCUGUUGUAAGACUGGUGCUAAAUCAAUGGAAAUUCCUAUUCAUUUACCCGUAGUUGAUGAGGAAGAAAUUGUCAAAACUAUCGAGACUAGCUUACACGAAACGCCGGCGAAGCUAUUAAUUAUUGAUCAUAUUUCAAGCGUUCUCGCUUUUAUUAUGCCAAUACAGAAAAUCAUAGAUAUGUGUCGUCUUAAAGGCGUUCAGAUUCUGAUAGAUGGCGCUCAUGGCUUAGGUAGCACUGCUUUAGAUAUGAAAGCGUUAAACCCUGAUUAUUACACAUCAAAUUGUCAUAAAUGGCUAUGCGGUCCUAAGGGUACGGCCUUCCUGUAUGUGAAGGAUGAGCACAGGCAAAAUACUCAUUCGGCCGUAACGUCAUAUGGUUACGGUUACGGAUUUAACUCAGAGUUCUCCUGGGUAGGAACAAAAGACUAUUCUCCCUUCCUAGGCCUUAGCCAGACAUUAGAUUUUUGGAACAUCGUUGAACCAGAGAAAAUCCGAUUGUACAUAAGAGAUUUAUUAAGAAAAGCAUGCAAUUUGUUGAUUAAGGAAUGGGAUACCGAUUUAAUCGCUCCCUUAAAUAUGUUAGCUGGUAUGGCUUUAAUACGACUUCCUAAUGAACUUUUCGAAGGGAAGGAAAUGAUACGAUACGAAGAUGCGGAAAUCAUUCAGAACUGUUUAUUCAACGAAUAUGAGAUCGAAGUGCCAAUUAAGGCUGUAAAUAAUCAAUUAUACGUUAGAAUAUCCGUACAUAUUUAUAAUGAUUUACAUGAUUAUGAAAAGCUAGCUACCAGCAUAAUGGAUAUAUGCAAAAGUAAAACAAGAGCGCUUUAA